AUCUUACUUUGCGGCGUGAAUCGCACGCUGAUAAAUCCGAGCAAGAGUAAUCCAGAUCAUUUUGUGUUUCAGACAGUGAUAGGUAACGUUGUCUACUCAGCAUCCAGACUUCUAACGAUUGCCUACAAUGGCUACUUUUCCAGUAAUUCUUUCAUUUCUAUCCCUGUUGGCUAUUGGGUUUGGCUUGCCUACGGGCUGCCCUUACACAGAUGAUCUUUCUCCAUGCUCUUGCAAGCGCCUGCCUUUCGGUCUUCAAGUGGUCUGCGCAAAUUUCAACUCCAGCCACCACCUGAUUAAAGCUUUUCGAAUUCUGAAAGACUACCAAGUGCACACCGUUCUUUUGCACGCCCUCCAUAUUCCGGAGUUCCUACCUAGUGACCUGUUUGAUGGUCUGAAAAUAAAAGAAAUGAGAGUUGAAAAGUCGAAUUUGCGAUUUUCUCAGCCGGCCUUCAAGGGGCUGGAUGCCUCCCUGUAUGUUCUAAAUGUGGCAGAACAGUCCCACAUUAAAAGCAGAGAUCGUUUCUCCUUAGCAAAAUUGACGAGGUUGCACGAGCUAUAUGUACAGUCCAAUAAUGUGGAAAAGGUAGAGGACACCUGGCUGAACGAGAAAGUGCCAAAUGUUGAAAAGCUAGUAUUAGAUUCCAAUGAUAUAUCUGAUAUGGAAGAACAUGCUUUCGCCAAUUUGGCUUCAUUGAAAGUGAUAUCUUUGGCUGACAAUCGAAUAAAGAGAAUUUCGAGAUCAAUGUUUCCGAAACCAGCUACACACUUGAUGAGAAUAGAUUUAAGUUACAACGAAAUCUCAUCUUUGCCUGGAAAUUUCUUCGAAGAUAUGCCUAGUUUAACAGAAAUCAUACUUUCCGGAAACGAGCUGAAAACGAUAGAGCAAAAGACAUGGGAACCAGUUUGGGAAAGGUUGACUAAAAUACUGCUUUUCGAUAAUCAAAUCGAAUGUGGUGAAAACCUUACGUGGAUGAAAAGAACCCGAAGGCCUCAAAUUAUUGAAGGAAACUGCGCUGCUCCCAAAAAUAUGAUUGGUCAUCCCAUAACUGAUGUUUACAAAACAUAGACAGCGUGAGUUUUCGGCCGUCACUGUAUGAUGUAUCACUAUCAUUUUCUAGGACUUAUCAUUUGAGAUGCAGUAAAAGAAUGUGUAUAUAGACUGAAUUAUUAUUUUUUCAUUCUGUUUUACUUGUUCGUCCUAUUUAAUGUACAGUUCAAGUUGUAAAUUAAUACUUUUUCUGUCGUGAACUUGGUUUUAUAGCUCCAAAGAUCCUGAUAUUAUUUUUAGUUACGAAGUAGAACGAGCGUGUGAAACACGCAAUUGUAUUUAUUUUUUAAAAAUAAAAUAUUAUAAAUUUCAAA